AUGGUUUUGUCGCGUAUCUUUAAGGAUACUUCUAUCAUGAUUCUGAACUUCUUCACGAAUCAUUAUCAAAAUGGGCUUUUGCAUAAGGAUGAACUCUCAAAGUGGUGUGAUAAAGUUGUAGAUUUUUGUCAGAUGCAUAAGCUGAUAUUGGAAAUUCUGGCAUUCUGUAAUUAUUUCUGGAAAAGAUAUCAAUGUUUAAAAAAAAAAAAAUUUUAUUUAAGAGGGUCAAUUGCAGGAAGUUUGGAAGACGUUUCAAUAGGUGCAUUAUCUGAACGAGAUAUUAUAUUAAUCAAGUUUCACGGAAUUCAUCAAGAUGAUCAUGAUGAAAGAAAAAUUAAAGUUUGGAAAAUGCUCACCAAAUUUUUGGACAAGUUAAAGUCCAGAGAGGAGUUUCUCAUUGAAGCUCUUAGCAUGGAUGAAAUCACGGAAAUGGGUUGUUGA